AUGGAGCGGCUUAUAUUGUACAUGCCUAAAGAUACAUAUUUCUUUAGGUCAUGUGUUGAUUUUCAGUCCAUAGCUCAUAUUUUCAUUUACAACAGAGGUGUAGUUCGGGGUGAAACUCCAACCCAUGGAUUAUCGAGCAGUGAUCAGGAUUUUAUGCUCUCUGCCAUUGAUGAGGACACCUCCCAUCAAGAGGAAACUGCUAUUUUGGAAGAUCGCUGUUUUGCUGUUCGUCAGCUAGCCCAAGUUGGAAAGAUUAGUAUUGGAUCUGUGGACAAAGUUCUUGGCCAUCUGCAUAUGCAAAAGUUGUUUGCUCGAUGGGUCCCCAGGCUACUCACACCUUUCCAGAAGCAGGUACGAGUUCAUUGUUCCAAGGCUCUUUUAGCCAUGUGUCAAGAGGAAACUAGGACUUUUUCACAGACAAAUUAUGCAGGAUGA